CCCUUCGUGCUGUCAUUUCCAGUUCAGGGCUUCUAACCGUGUGACGCGCACCGCAUAGCUAUGGAGAACCGCAUUGAGGGCGAUCGGGGCGACAUGUUCAACAAGCCCUUCAAGUCGUUCGCCACCGAUGCCAUCCACGUGGGUCAAGAGCCGGAGCUAUGGAACUCCAGGGCCGUGGUGCCGCCGAUAUCGCUCUCAACCACGUUUAAACAGAGCGAACCAGGAAAGCAUUUUGGCUACGAAUACAGCCGCAGUGGAAAUCCUACAAGAGAUUGUCUUGAGAAAGCCGUGGCAGCACUGGAUGGGGCAAAGCACUGCCUUGCCGUGGCUUCAGGGCUUGCUGCCACAGUGACCAUCACUCACAUGCUGAAGGCGGGAGAUGGAAUCAUCUGCAUGGAUGAUGUUUAUGGAGGUACCAACCGCUACUUCCAAAGAGUGGCUGCUGAAUUUGGGCUGCAGAUCACCUUAGUGGAUUGUACCAAACCAGAACUACUCCAAGGAGCUCUGAAGCCCAACACAAAAAUGGUGUGGAUUGAGACGCCAACCAACCCCACCAUGAAAGUUGUCGACAUCAGGGUUUGUUCCGACUUGGUCCACAAUCACAACAAAGAGAUUGUGGUUGUGGUAGACAACACCUUCAUGUCUGCCUACUUCCAGCGCCCUUUGGCUUUAGGGGCGGAUAUUUGCAUGUACUCAGCCACCAAAUAUAUGAAUGGUCACAGUGACGUGGUUAUGGGCCUGGUGUCAGUCACACGAGAAGAUCUGUAUGAGCGACUGAAGUUUCUGCAGAAUGCUCUAGGGGGCGUGCCAUCCCCUUUUGACUGCUACCUGGUCAACCGCGGGCUGAAGACAUUGCAUCUGCGCAUGGAAUGCCACUUCAAGAACGCCAUGGCCGCAGCCAAGUUUCUCGAGGGUGAUACAAGAGUGGAGCGUGUCAUCUACCCAGGUCUGCCUUCUCACCCACAGUAUGAUGUGGUGAAAAAACAAUGCACGGGAUGUCCGGGGAUGAUCUCCUUCUACAUUAAAGGAAAACUCCAAAAUGCCAACAGCUUCCUCAAGAGUCUUAAGGUGUUUGCCGUGGCCGAGAGUCUUGGUGGUUAUGAAAGUUUAGCAGAGCAUCCGGCAAUUAUGACUCAUGCUUCAGUGCCCGAGAAAGAAAGGAUCAUCUUGGGCAUUAGUGAUACUUUGAUCCGGCUCUCUGUGGGACUGGAGGACAAGGCGGACAUCAUUGAAGAUCUGAAUCAAGCACUUGCUGCUGCUUUUCCUAAUAAUCCACUGAAGAAUUAAAAGUGUCUGGAGGGCUUGCUCUUCGAGAACAGCAGCAACUGUUGAAUACCAACACGGAGUUAAGCGCACAAACAACAAAUGUCACUUGUUCUUCAAUAGAUACAAAUAUUUUCUUCCUCCAUCCUGAAUGUAUCACUAACCACACACGUGCUACGAUGCUGACUCCGCUACGAGUAAAACAAAUCUCCAUCUUUCCUGUCAAGCACCUGAUUAAAGACCGCAUGGCUUUCAAUGAAUCACAAUCAUCCCCAAAACAACUUUCUGCACAUUCAUUUUGAAAUGUGUGUGUGCAAGAAUGACAUGCUAUUCUUCAUUUGACUCAGUCAUGAAUGUUACAUGGGUUUUAUUCCAUUUAAUAAAAUAUUUGCUUAUUAUAUGAAUAAUUUCUCAUUAUGCAAAAUUGGACAUCCUUUGAGUAAUAAAUCAAUAUCAAAGAAAUAAUUCACAAUGUCAAGCGCCUAAACAUUCUUUGCACACAACUGUGAGGAGAAACAUUAGCUAUGCAGAUGUUGUCCUGGCUAGUCCACUUUUAUUACAAUUACCCGUAACUAUUGAAGCAGGUGGUGACAAUAACAUAUUGCCAUCAAGCUAUUAUUUUUAAUGUGGAAUUACAUAUUCUUGUUUUAAAGAAGUAGUCUGUCACUUACUACUGGAAAAUAUCCUGCAUCAAGAGGCUUAUGUUAUUUCCUUAUGCUUAAAAGGGAUAAUUGGCAGUAAGAGUCAUUGAAGGAGCAACAAUCUAUUUAAAUCAGUUUUCCGUAACGUAACAGUCUGCGUGUGACUCACUUUCUAUCAGACAUCUUCCGGGACAAACACAAGGAGACUGAAUAACUUAGCGAGGAAUUUAGGCAGAUGGUGUAUGUUAGUUUUCUCAGCAUAUUUUUGCUUCCUUUUACUUUCCAAAUACGUCAUUGUUAAGUUCUAUGAUGACUUUGCAUACUGUAUAAGAUGUGCCAAAGGAUGAGCAAUUAAUGAUUUAAAAAAAUAAGGAUUGUAAGUCGUUCUAGCUUCAGGUUUCUGAUGAUUUGUGAUUUGAGGCAAAUGUGAAAUGUUUAAAUGAUCAAACAAUUCUGCCAAUUUUUAGCCUAUGUAUGGAUGAUGGCGAGGAGAAAAUAAACAUGAAUAUGAUCAUGUUUCACGUUGACAUGGACUGUUCAUGUAAUAAAAUAAUUUAAGGAUA